AUGCAACUCUUCUCAGCUCUCAUCAUUACCAUCGCUACCACACUUCUCACCUCCGUUCAUGGAACUGCCACUAUCGGUCAAGCCUGCAGCGGCAGCAGCACUUACGACUGCACCGACGACUUCAAUGCCGUGGCAAUCUGUAAUGGUGCACGAUGGGUAGAGGCCGCCCAGUGUGGAGUUGCUAGACGAUGGACUGAGCACGGAGCCACAGCUUGA